AUGUUUUCGCCAUUUGGCACGUCGACGCAGAGCUCGACACCAGCCGCCUCCAACCCCUUCGCGCCAAAGACGAAUCCUUUCGGCCAAGAUGGCAGCGGCACCUCUGCUUUCGGAGCGAAACCGAAGUCCUCAAAUCCAUUUGCUCAGAACACGGCAAGCUCUAGCAGUGUCAACGGCGCGUCGAACCCCUUUGCUUCCACGCCGUUAGCGACAGCCGCCAAUGAAGGCAAACAGACAUCAAAGCCAGCAUGGGGGCAGCAAACAAAUGGGUCGCAGCCCUCCUCCAGCCCGUACGGCGGCAAGCCAGAGGUAUUCACAAAACCCCAGGCUAAAUUAACUUCAACACCUGCGCCGGCCUUUUCCAGCGCGCCAAAGGGAAAUGGGGAGCUGCCCAGCUCGAACGAUCCCCAUGCCAGAAGAAUCUACGAACAGCUGCGACAAGAUGGCAUAGCACCACCAGCAUGGCCUUCGCAGCCGGGCGACCCUCAGCACAAAGCGCAAAUGGCCAAAUUCCGCGAACAAUACGAAGACUAUAGAAGCAAAGUGCGAGCUUCUCUCACCCGCGCAGGACUGAUCGACGACCCUACGAAACGAAAGGCAUUGCGAGAAGCCAUCGACUUCAAAGGUAUCUGUGAGGACAUGUGCCCCGAGUACGAGAAAAUCACGAGAAUCACAGAGCUCGAUAUUCCGACACCGGAGAAAGACCCUCAAACGACGUUUGCGAGCACGACGCGCAUGGUCAAAAAGCUAGCGCGCUCCGCUGCCGGCCAAGAAGCGCCUUUACCGAUGGACGUCCUUUCUGUACCGACUUUGCGAAAAACGCUCGAUUAUCUCGUGGAUGACUUGUUGCGUAACGAUGAAAAUCUGCCCACGUUGCACGGCUAUCUCUGGGACCGAACACGUGCGAUUCGACGGGAUUUCACCUUCUUCUCAACACUCGGCGUCGAGGAAAUGAAGAUACAAGCAUCUGUACUGGAAGACAUUGCACGCUUCCACGUCACAGCCCUGCACUUGCUUUCUCAAAGCGGCAAAGCUCCCGAGGACUUUGUCGAGCAGCAAGAACUUGAGCAGCUGAGCAAAGCUCUUCUGACGUUACGCGACAUAUACGACGAUUGUUACGCACAAGGCUCCCCUUGCGAAAACGAAGCCGAGUUUCGGGCAUACUACGUGGUGUUUCAUGCCAACGACCCCAAUGUUCUUGAAAUGGUGCAACGACAGUGGCGGCCGAGCUUAUACGGAGAUUGCGAUGUCAUCAGGACAGCGGUUUCGCUGGUCGAAGCCCUACAAAAUACGUCGGAUUUCCACGGCCCGCUCCUGGGUGGCCCGUCCCUCGCCGCGGGUGGUGCUCACCAAACCUAUUUCCGCAUUGUGCAAGACAAAACGGUUUCGUACACCAUGGCUUGCUUUGCGGAAUGCCAUUUCCCACAGCUGCGUCGCUCUAUCCUGGGGAGUAUAAAGAGAGCCCUUGCACGGCCGAGAGAGCCGUCGCGCGAUGUCACGGCAGCCGCCUUGAACAAGUAUCUGCAAUUCGAUACGGUUCAACAAGCCAUUGAGUUUGCUGAGCUUCAUGAUGUUGAGUUUCAGCCCAGCCAGCAGAACCCGGCAGAUCGGAAUCUAAGCUGCGCCGUGCUUUACAAUUCUUCGACUUUGCCACAUCCCCGACUCCAACAUCAAUUCUCGCAAGCGCUAGUGGAGGAUAAGCGUGGUUCGCGGUCUCUGCCCGAAGUUGUACACAAAACUGUGUAUGCUGAUGCUGCUACUGCCGCGCAUAAGGAGGCUUCGCUUGCGCAGGAGGGCAGCCUCUUCGUACAAGAUGAACCUGCCAAGCCACCAUCGAUCAUGCCCCCUCCACCUCUCCAUAACCCGUUCGGGGGUUUUGGCCAACCGACAACAAACGGAGGUGCCCUGAGCAAUCCCUUGACACAAGCACCGGCUGCAGCUGGCCAAGCCAAGUCAAAUUUCUUCUCGCAAGAAAUAAAGCCUGCAUCAACAGCGCAACGUCCAACGCCACCAUUUGGCAUCCAAAACCCCAGUACAGCGGCUCCAACACCAAGCUUUGGAGUUACUGCGCAAAACAGCCCAUUUGCCAAGGCUCUGCCUUUACAAACGUCGUCCAGUGAGCCGGCGACCAAGGAGACCCAUCCUUUUGGUGACGGACAAACUGCCCCAGCUGCAAAGACUUCCUUCGGUCUCAUUGGCUCCAACGCAGGCACUUCAGAGCCUCCGACUACGAUAUCUUCUACCACGCCGAGUGCUUCUUUGCCUGCCGUCUCUGGCUUCAAGCCAAAGGCCGCAGAGCCGCCGACUGGUGCAUCUUCAUCAUCAACACCCCACAAUGCUUUCUCUACUCCUGCUGCCCCCGCCUUCGGCGGAUUUAAUUUUGGGGCGCAAAAGGCUCCGACUGCAACGUCUGAUACGAUACAGAAGGCUCUGCCCGCUUUUUCCGGCUUCUCAGCGCAGCCUCAAUCGACAGAAGCAGCCGAAUCAGCAAAGAGCUUAACACCACCCGGCUCACCUGCGCUCACACAACCGGCAUUCACAAAACCGCCGACAGAGUCAAAUGUGCCGGUGCCCACGAGCAAAUCAAACUCAGUGCUCCAUUCAUUUAGCCCUCCAUCGAAGCCUCCAGCAUUUCUUGGUAGUGCAGUCCCGCCUACUGUUGCCUCGCCUGCUACAGCUCCCCCAGUAGAGCUGCCAAAGCUCCCACAACCCAAACGCGAUCGAUUGCUAGACUUUACCAAAUGGAUUGUGGUCGGUGACGCUGGAUUAAUGGCCGAGUUUCAGCAGUUCUGGUUGAACGAACUGCUCGCGCCAGUUUUUCUGGACUGGCACCAAAAGGAGGAGGAGAAGCGCCGACACGAGGAAGAGACACGGGAUAAUGCCAUUGCAGACAACUUCCGAAAGCGUUCCUUGUCCGUGCGAUACUUUUACCGGUGGAAAACUCACGCAAGAGAAAAGCGACUGAAGUUCUUACGUCGGAGCGGACGGGAUCAGCUUAGGAACUUCCAUCGGGCUCGGCAAAUGGCUUCAAGUAUACCGCAAGCUAUACCGAAGUCCAGACCCGAGGUACCGCCGAUUCCCAAGGCGCAUCGCGAGCAAGCCCUCAUGGAGGGCUUCCGCAAGAGCCAAGUCAAGCAAGCCAGGAAGCGCAGCAUCCCACCUCCAAACCGAUCCUCCACCAUGGAUGUCAGCAAGGCUAGGGACUCUGCGGCCGCCAUUGGGCGGCACUUUAAUCUGUCCAUGCCGCAAAGUGGCACGUCCUCUCCAACACGAUCACGGUCAAGCUCCAUGUCGAGAGGAGGCUCCAAGACUAGGGCGCUCCGAGAAGAACUUCUUGGUGACAGCACAGGACACUUUCGCCGCUCUCUGCCUUCCAUUGCCUCUAGUGAAGAAUCGAGGCCAGAAAGCGUGCGAAGCAGCAAAGUUUCGGAGCGAUGGCGACUCAAAGCUAUGGGCAUCGUCCAGCUCCCUGACGGCACGGCAGUACCAGAGAGUCUCAUGAAUGAUCGACGAUUCAACCGGUCAUCACAGAGAGCCUCUUCAAUUACGAGUGUACCAUCCCGGCGUCCUUCGAUUACGAGUAUGACGUCCCGACGCCCAUCAUUCACGAGUUUGGCAUCCCGGCGCCCCUCGAUUGGCAGCAUUCCGCCGCUGCCUGCCUUUUUAGGCACCAAUGACGGCGCGAUUCCCUCGGCAGCAGUACUUGAGGAUCAUGUCGGCAACAAGAGGAAGCGCGUGAGCGAGGCGAGCACCGGAUCGAUGGAGGUGGACGACGGACCACCGUCAAACAACCACAAGCGCGUCAUGAGCGAUGUAUCGACUAGGGAUCUGGUCAACGAGCUGCGAGCCCUGCGAGAAGAAAUGGAGGAGGGGACGCUGUGGUUCAGAUCGCAAAACGAGCGCCUGCAUGCUGAAAUUUCGAGCAGAGACGGCACCCCGCUGGAUGACAGCAUGAGCGUGGCGUCUGGCAGUAUUGUUUGA